AUGGCCGAUGUCGAAGAGCCGCAGUUUACCACCCUUGCCCAGCGCAUUGCUGCUUUGAAGCAACAACAGGCAGAUGACUCUCUGGUCCCUCAAAAUAAUACCCUGACGAUAGCUAAGCGACCACCACCGCCCCCUAUCCCAAGUUCCAAUCGACCUCACCUUCCCACGAGGCCAAAGACUGCCAACAAUCCUCCAAUUCUUACAUAUGGUUCAUCCGUGAACCAGAAACCAUCCAAUCAGCCGAUUGGCGCAAAGUCAAACUCACCCCCGGUCGGUCGCGAUGGUCCGACGAACAAUACCAAGAGUCCUGCUCUCCCACCUCGAAAUGCUCCUCCUCCGUUGCCCACCAGGAAAGCUUCGACGCCAUCCCUACCACCGAGGAGAGCGUCUACAUCAACACAAUUGGUAAGGAGAGGUUCGGGAGACUCGACCAUAUCACAAGUGUCCACUAUCUCCGCCAUAUCAUUGAAUAGUUAUGGCAGACUUGCCUCUUCAAUAACAUCCAUUGGGUCAACCGAUAAGAGAAUGUUGCCCCCUCCUUUGGAUAUGGCAAAGCUUCCGCCUUUACCACCUUCGAGGAGGGAACUGCAGGAGAAGGCAAGACUGGAGCAGAAGGCUAAAAUACCACUCGUUUCUACCAAGUCAGCCCCGGUUGUUCUGAAGCAGCCUCCAGUUGUUGAUCGUGAGAUGCCACCCAAAAUGCCUCCAAGACCAACUGCAAACAUUGAGCAAGGAAAGCCAGUUGCUUUACCACCACGAAGAUUACCACCUCCAUCUUCCACUCGUUCUGCUUUAUCUCUAGGGUUCGGUAACAAAGCAACCGAAACACCAAAUCCUGCACCAAGACCAGCCCCUACACAUAACAGAACCCCUGCACUUGCCGUCCAAGAACUGAACUCGGAUAAUUUUGAUCGUGUCGUUUUCUCUGGGAAAUUUGCUCUUGUGGAUUUUUAUGCUCCAUAUUGCAAAUAUUGUGUCGAAUUGGACCCGCAUUACAAACAACUUGCCGAGGAUUUUGCAUUUGCCUCUGACAGACUUGUUAUUGCCAAGGUUGAUGUCGACGAGCAUAAAUCUUUCAUGACCAGAUAUGGCAUACAAGGAUAUCCGACCAUCAUGUUCUUCGAUGGAAAUGGAGAUAACCCCGAAACGUAUCAGUAUAUGAGAGAUACGGCUGCUAUGACGGAGUUCUUGACUGAAAAGACUGGAAUAUCACCAUCUGAUGCACCAAAACCUGGAAGAGCACCACCACCUAUUAACCUUAGAUCGAAGCCAACAUCGGCUCAGGUGAAAGCUGUAAGUGCUGCUCCAACUACAUCAUCAUCUUCUUCAACGGGCUGUCUCUUAUGUCGAGACUUCUCUGGCCCGGAUCAAAUUGCAUCAAAAUAUUCAAGAGAAUUCCUUCCAAGAUCACCUGAUAAUACAGGAUAUCUUGCUGAUGUUCUUUGUCGCCCUUUCAGUUCACCUACUGAUAAAGCUCGUGCGAUAUUCGUUUGGCUUCACCAUAAUAUAGCCUAUGACACUGGGGCCUUCUUUGGCAAUCGAGUCAAAAAUGUUACACCAGCCGAUACUAUUAAGACCGGCUUAGCAGUUUGUGGUGGAUACGCUGGUCUAUUUACAGCUAUUGCACUUAAAGCAGGACUUGAAGCCAUCAUGAUAACGGGUCAUGGAAAAGGAUUCGGAUAUACGCCACUUAAACCAGGAGAAUCAUGUCCACCACCUAACCCAGGUGGCCAUGCCUGGAAUGCAGUACGUAUUGAUGGGGGAGAGUGGAAACUUAUUGAUGCAUGUUGGGGAUCUGGACAAUUAGGAGACGAUCAAACGUACAACAAGAAUUUGAUCUCAUCCUACUUUACCAUGUCGAAUGAAGAAUUUGGUCUCAAACAUUUUCCGGCUGAUAAAGCACAUUUUUUUAGAAAUGAUAGAAGGAUUUUAAGCUGGGAAGAAUAUUUCAUUGGAAAUAUAGGUGGUGAACCAUUACAAAUUUUCAGCUCUCCAGAAGAUCAUCACGGUAUCUCCCAAACUUCUAUCGCACCCCCUCAGAGACAGAUACAAGCCUCACCCACAUCUAACGAAAUCAUUCGUUUCCAAUUUUCCAAAAUAUGCAUACAUUACGACUUUGAGCGCAACGGACCUGGUAAGCCAUAUUGUAUGCUGUUGAAAAUAGGAGGGAUCGAUGGGAGAAAGGAGGAUAUGGUACCAUUUGAAUUCGAUGGCUUUUGGUGGUGGGUAGAUGUUAAGACUAAGGAACUGGGAGCGAGGGGUCAAACAAUUAGUUUGUUUGCGGUUACGAGUGUCAAUGGAGAGGAUGCUAGGGGUAUGACGAAGAAGGAGUACGAGGUGAAGAAGGGGAAAUGUGGAAUGGGCUUUGCAGGAGUUGCGGCUUGGGAGCUAAUUUGA